AUGGCAGCCAAUGAACCUGACCCAGUAGCAAACCUUCCUCCUGUCGUUCCUGCUCACAUCGAGACGGGUGAGCAACGACAGCCGGUACAGCAAAGGGACAGCGGCCAUCAUCCGUUGAUUGCGUUUGUCGGCCUUCUGGGUUAUGGAAGAAGAGGAACUCUGCGUAGGAAACAUCUUACUACGCUCUGCUUCAAGAUCCUUCUUGGGCUUUUGCAGAUCGUUUCUAUCGCUGUUCUUUCAGCCAUUGCUAUUCGCACCCAGAGCCCAAUCGACCCAACGCUCAACGAAUGGGACGCCUGUUCUCGUCCUCUAGGACCGUGGCUUAUGGUUUGGCUGGUGCGAGUCACUAUUGGUCUCUGCAUGACAAUCUAUGGCUUUACGCUCAUACGCCCUGGGCUCGAUGAGUACAACUACGACCCAGAGCACGGGGAGAACACGGAUGCUGUGCAAGAAAAUCAGACACCCCCUCCUGUUGGUCCUCUCAAUGGCCCCGGUCAGCCUCAGUUCAUUCACGCGGGACGCAUACGCCCACACCCUCGAGCCCUUCAGUCGUUGACCAGCAUUCUAAGCUUCCUCUCUGUUGUUUGGUUCAUUGCUUCCCACAUAUUGGUUUAUACCUCCUUGGAUACCUGCCGAAACGCGUCUCCACAUCUUUGGUGGCUGGCUUUUGGUAUUCUUUGCAUCGGCUACGUAAUUAUCGCGGAGAUAAUACUGGUCGUCCUCUUCAUAUUUUGUUUUGUGCCUGUCCUAUUGGUGACUGUCAACCUGCUCCUGCUCUGCUUGGGACGCCGACCGCUCUACCGUCCAGGUGGUAUCAAUCACGAGAUUGGCAAGCUACCACAGCAAAUCAUCGAUCGUAUCCCACUCGUAUUAUACAUUCCACCGCCUCCACCGAUUAAAGACGGAAAGGAAGCAGAUGAUAUACACACAUAUCCGCCACAACCACCCCCAGAAAGUUACGUUGACCCAGUAUCCGGCACAGGACAGAAACCAGCAAAGGAAACGAGACAUCGGCGUCGGCAUCGAUUCAUGUUCUUUCGCAAAAAGGAGGACGAAGUACCAGCUCCAAAGGCGAAGAAAAAGGGUCCAGUAGACGAAUGGGAAGCGAAUUGGGAGCAAGGAGAUUAUCCUUUUGUGCGCCUCCCCGACAAUCGCGCGACCUGUGCAAUCUGCCUCCUCGAUUUCGAAGAACCACCUCGGAAGGAUCAGGGGCAGUCAUCUACUGCCGAAAUCGCGUCAAACGUGGCCAAAUCUCAGCCAUCAUCAAGUGGAAAGGCUGUCGAACACAAGGUUCCAGUUGAACCUUUGGCGCUUCAAGAUGUUGGCGAGGGCGCGACACCUCUGCGACUACUUGCGUGUGGACACUGCUUCCAUAAACAAUGCAUUGAUCCCUGGCUAUCAGAUGUCAGCGGUCGCUGUCCUGUCUGCCAAAAACCGGUGGACAUUGAGGAAUUGGAAAGGCUGUCGAAGAAUGGGUCGACGACGGCUUGGAUCAACAACGUCAUUGCCUCUCCGUCAGGUACCCCGCCUGCUGCUCCUAUUCGAGGGCCAGAGCAAGGAGGCACAGUAGACUUGCAGCAGCCACCAUAA